UGUAGGAUUUUAGGACCGCUUUUUUCUUAACACGUGUCAUCGAAAAGGAGACUAGAAGAAAUAUUUUGACUGAGUAAGCACCUACGUGUCAGGCAGAGAAUGUUCUACAAUUCGCUAUCAGCCACGUAGACAGUCCAGAGUGUCCAUUUUUGCCUUCUUUCUGGGAGGUAAGAGUGGUAAAAUUCUAUUUAAACCAAAAGGACAAGAAGAAAUGGAUAUAGAAAUUUGAAUAUUCUGUUGGUCAAAGCUUAAGUAUUUGGAAAAGAGAUGUCGUCGGAGCAGGAAAGAGGUAAACUCGACGCCAGGGCCAGGCAAGGGGAGACUGUCAUCCCCGGUGGAACCGGAGGCAAAAGUCUUGAAGCUCAGGAGCACCUUGCUGAAGGGCGGAGCCGUGGGGGCCAAACAAGGAAGGAGCAGCUGGGACACGAAGGAUACCAAGAGAUGGGCCGUAAAGGAGGGCUAAGCAACACAGGUAUGUCUGGAGGAGAACGUGCUGCUGAGGAAGGUGUUGAGAUUGACGAAUCCAAGUUCAGGAAUAAAUAAAAAAUACAAAAACCACCCUUUCACAAUGUGUCUUCAAUCUAAACUUCUAUGUUCCAUUUUCAUCUUUAGUUUCUUUUUUUUGUUUUUUUAGUUUCUACUUUCCCUAAAAGUGUCUAGAAUAAAUAAUUGUAUUUCAAGGCUUUAUAGCCUACUUCAGGUCUGUAUAUCGAUGUUUCUGCCUUGAGUGAGCAGUUAAAGUCGGUCUUUUUCUAGUGUAUCUGCCUACAAAUGCCACAUAUGGCUAAACAUAAGGGAUAUGGAUAUGCAUAUCUUUAUUGAGGAUGGUUAAAAUGAAACAUUCCCAAAA